AUGACAAAGAACAUGGCAACUGUGAAAGGGAGCAAGAUAAAUGCGGUUUCUAGCUGGAACAGUGAAAUUGUUGGGAAGUUUGCCAGGAAAGACAAGGUUAUGCUAUCUGAGAAAAAGUGUAGUUGUAAGUAUUUUGAUUAUAUCAAAAUACCUUGCGGCCAUGCUAUGAUUGCAGUAGACGGGCUUGGUGUGCCUUACGACACACUAUGUGGGGAUUGGUACAAAACAUCAGUAUGGAGGGAGACAUAUGCAGGCUUUAUCAGUCCAAAGAGUGAUCUUAGGGAUGUUAACAUACUAGAAAGAGUUAGCAGUAUGAUCAUGUACCCUCCUAAUACAAAAAGGCAAGUCGUUCGCGAUCACAAAACACGCAUACCGUUCACAGGCGAGAUAUGGGUGAUGGCUCCAAAGAAGAAAGUAGUCGCUAAUAGAUGUGGGAGGUAUAGAGGGUAA